CAGUUCACCAAUUUUUUUUGUACUAACUAACAUUUUGAAAACAUGAACACUUUCAUGAAUCCAAAAAUUUAUGUCAGAGCAGCUUUACAAGCGAUUAUUUAUUUAUUAUUAUUCUUUUUUUUUUUUUUUUUUUGGUUUAUGAUUUUUAAACGAUUGUCAGUGUCAGAGCAAUGUUAAGUUAGUAGUGUUCUUGCUUUUAGUUAAUCAUCAAGAAAAAAGGGUUUAAUCCAAAGUUCCUGUCUUUUUGCAGUUAAACAACAUUUUGUUACUGCAGUUUUGUUAGAUAAGAUUAGCUGCCUAACAGCUGAAUGAGGAAACACUUCUAUUCCUCUUAGAUACAGCAAUGUCACCGUGUGAGUCAAACUCUGAGUGGAUGAUACAAAAGCACUAAAAGAGGAAAAAAUACCUGCUUAUUUCACCUCAGUUAAAAUUUUCUCAGAUGACUGUUCAACACUCAUCAAGAUGGAGCUGUAUAUAAUCAUUUUCACCCUAACCAUUGUUCUUUCAACUAGUGCUGAAUUUAAACAUGAAGCUUUCGAAUUCGCUGCAUGCUCUGAUAUGGAAGAAGAGUAUUACAUUGGAUAUGAUGAAGAGGAGGUGGCGCAUGUUGACUUUAAACAGAAGAGAGGAGUAGCAACAUUACCUGAUUUUGCAGGAUCUAUAACAUUUUAUGAAAUUGGUGCUGAUGCAAUAGUAGGAUGCAAACGUGACUUACCAGGAUUUAUUAACAUUUUCAAGAGCCUACCACUAGAAAUGGAUCUAGAUGCACCCCAGACUUCAAUCUAUCCAAAGGAUGAUGUGCAGCUGGGUGUUCAGAACACCCUUGUCUGUCAUGUGACUGGCUUCUUUCCUCCAUCUGUCAACAUCUCAUGGACUAAGAAUAAUGUUAAUGUGACAGAGGGCAUGAGUUUAAGUCAGUACCGUCCAAGGACAGAUGAUACCUUCAACAUCUUUUCCACUCUUAAGUUUACACCUGCUGAAGGAGACAUUUACAGCUGCACGGUGAACCACAAAGCCCUCCAAGGGCAACCUCAGACCAAAAUAUGGGAUGUUGAUGUUGCCCUCCCAAGUGUUGGUCCAGAUGUGUUCUGUGGAGUGGGUGUGACUCUUGGGCUGUUGGGAGUAGCUGUGGGAACGUUUUUCCUCAAUAAAGGACUGUAACUGACUAUGAAGCCAUGGAAGCAAACUUUGAAAAUAUCUAUUAAUUGUUCUACUACUGAGCAAUUUGACAAAAAUGCUAAAAUUAAUACACGUGACAUUCUGCUUGACAGGUGACCAUAUUUUGGUUUUUAAAAAAGAGGACAGGGUGGGGGUUGUAAAUGCAUUUACAACGAUGUAAUUGAACUUUAAUACAUAAAGUAAUACAUUAUUUCCAUUCAACUUGUGGCCCUUAACAAUAAAAUAGGUUAGUAACAAACAAAUUGUUUAAAAAAAAACUGUUUAUUUUCAUGGCCAUAGGUUAAAAUAAAAUAAAAAAUCACUUGCCAUAAAAAAAAUAUAUAUGUAUUUUAGUCAAAAAUAAUUUAAGUCCUCCUGAUAGUAUACUUUCCUGAAGGUAGAAUCUUUCCCAACAGUCCUUGAUUACCAAUCAAGUAGGCAUGAAAGUCUUUGCAAGACGUGUUUAAAGUUGUAUUGUGUACACAGAAGCCCCUGCUAUGUUUCCAUCCAACUAUUUUAUGCGCAUUUUGGAAUAUCGCAUAAAAAUUGAUGGAUGGACCCCAAGAACACCAAGAUGUGCAAGCAAAUGCUGUUUUGGUCAUUUUGUAAUGCCUGAGCAAAGUCUGUCGGUAAAGUGGUUCAGUAUAAUUCCCUCCCAGAAGCGCCUCACACGAUUGCGUUCACAAACACCAGGGGCCUGUACCAUGAUGGUAGUUGAACAAACUCAGGAUUAUAGGAUUAGUUUUGAGCUGACAAAACCAAACCACUCCAAUCCGGCUUUGUUGGUACCAUGAUGCUGAUCAUCAACUUUCUCUGUCAACUCAGGCUUUGAUCCUGAGUUUGUGGAGCGCGUGCACAUGAAUGCGUGACAUCAGUGGUGAACAGCCAAUCACAUGCCUUGCAACAGAGAGAAACUCUGAUUCACUUCUCGCAAGAGAGCCAGCGUGAUUCAAAACUCUUUUGCUGAAGGUUAAGAGAUUGAAGAAAAUGAAGAAUUCAAACGCAUUUACACUAAAGAAAAUACUUGUCCAUGAAAGAGGAAAAAUAAAAGAAAUGAUCUUGCUCUAUCAGUGCAAGUGAAACUUGUGAAGUUAGUUUAUAUAGUUGCUUGAUAAUAUAUAGCAAUAGAGACUCAAACAUGUAAGGUCACAUGUAGUCAUUUUUAAAGAGUUAUCUAUUUAUUAUACAGCUUAUUUAUAUUACAUAUGAUCUGUAUAUAUUAAUAUUCAUUUAAACUAAAUGCUUAAUAAUAACUGUUAAACUAAAAUUGCUUGUGUGUAAUGGAUUAAUAAUAAUAUAGAUCAUAUAAUAAUUAUAUAAAUCAUAAAAUAAUUCUAAUUAUCAUUAAAGCCAGACAAUUUCAUCUUUAAAUAUUUGUUUUUACUAUAUAGUGACCUUUAAUUUGGAGGAAGUGAAACCAGUGGCGUGACUUUAUUGCAUUGGAUGUGUCAGUAUCACUUUGCUCACAUCUGAUUGGUCCAAUUUCGGUUUGAGAUCUCUUAUCCAGAACAUAACCUGCCCCGGAGCAGGUUAGCUGUGGAGCGUAAGUUACUAUGGUGAUUAACACCGCUAAAAGCCAAGUCACUUUCAUGGUACCUAAAACCCAGGAUUGGCGCAAACUGAUCUGGCUAGCCAGUGAAUCCGGCUUCAUGGUACAGGCCCCAGGCAUCUGAAUGCAAGAUAACAUGACAGUGUUUAUUGUGUUUCAUCUGCACGCUCUGAGGCGCAAGUAAUUUAUUAUAUACAGAAAUCAUUAUAUACAAUGGCUUCUACUGCAGCAACUUCCAUUUUUUCUUAGUGAUAUUUAUCGCCAGUUUGUCAGGAAGUGACAAUUUUGUUCUCUUUGACUCACAGGAUGGAAACGCUGCUUUAUUUGCAAAUGUUUUAUGCGAUAUUCCAAAUUUGCGCCCAAGUUAAAUUCGCAACUUUAGAUGGAAACAUAGCAACUCAGCAGACAAGUGAUUCCUUUCCUUUGUCCACUGGCUUUGCAUCAGUGAAAAACUCUCUCUACAUUUGCAUUGUGAGUAGGAAUAGCGACUGUAGAAUGCAAAAGUUGAAUCCCGUACAAUUUGGGCGAUUUAGAAAUCCUGGCCAGAUGCAUUUUUUAGAUCAAAAAGUGGAAAAAAAGGACGUAUGGUCACCCUAAUGAAUACACCCUAAUGAAUUCAGAUUUAAUCAACAUUUUAUUGCCUCUCAAAUACUUCAAAGCAUGAUAAACGUUGCUUUCUAUGAAACACCAAACAUGCUUAUAUUAAAGCUCUAAAAGCCUAUAAUUGAAUUAAAAAAAAAAAAAAGCAAUUCAUAAGAAGUAAUCUAAACUCUUAUAACAUAGUCAUAAAUUAUUGUUUUGAAUAACAUUAAUUAAAAAAAAAAAAAAACACUUUCUCAUUGUAACCCUUUCAUACUAGUUGUAGUUUUUGGACUUAAAGGGGACCUAUUAUGCAUAAUUCACUUUUAUAAGGUGCUUGAACUCCGAUGUGUGUCUGCAGAAAAACCAGCCUAUAAUGGUAAAAAUCCACUCACUCAUUUUUUUUUUUAUAAUUCCCAUAAAUCAAAAGCAGUCUCUUCAAACGUGCUGAUUCACAUUGCCCCCUACAAUGACGUCUUUGUAGGAAGAAGCCCCGCCCACAGCCGGUGACAAUCUGCCUUAUUAGCAUAGACACAGCCCUGAGUGAGUCCGCCAUUUCUGUAUCCUCACUUUAGCAGCUGAGUUGUACAAUGUCUACGCCAAAGAGGCAUUACAACUUACAAGUGUUGUGUUUUGGGAUGUACCAAUGUACAUAAGAGUCUCCAUAAACUCCCUCCAUCUGAGUCACUGAGGACAUUGUGGCUAAAUUUAAUUUUCGAAGGAAAUGUCCUGAAGAAAGUCGCUAGUCUUAUAUGUUUGCUCUAAUCAUUUUUGACUGCUGCACAAACGAGGGGCUUUUCAAAGUAGGAUUUUUAAAAAGUUUGAAAGAUGGGUCAAUACACUUCGUGCGCAAACUUCAGAUCCAGACAAAGUAAGUAUCACACCUCAUAUGUUGUGAGUCCUUGCAAAUUGCCUUUCUGGAAGAGCUUGUUGGCACUCUGUACGGCUAAUGUUGUGCUUACUACCAUUGUCUCUGCCUGUUUUCACUAAUGUUGCCUUCAUGUGCUAUCGAGAUUAUCGUAAAUACGAGUUUCCUGGGUAAAAAUUGCACAUGAAUGCCCUUUGAAGUCGCCCACUUUUGUUUUUGCAGGUAUGCCGGAGCAUGAGCUUUUGAAACUCCACCCUCUUCUUGAUAGGGGGCCGGGAGCACCAGCUCAUUUGCAUUUAAAGAGACACACACAAAAACGGCACGUUUUUGCUCACCCCCAAAAAGUGGCAAUUCUAACAUGCUAUAAAAAUGAUCUGUAGGGUCUUUCGAGCUAAAAAACUUCUCACACACAUACACUGUGGGGACAUCAGAGACUUAUUUUGCAUCUUGCAAAAGGGCAAAAUAGGUCCCCUUUAAAUGUUUCAUGCAAAAUGAAAAGAAAAAAAAAACAUUGAAAUUACACAUACAUUUAAAAAUGAGAUGUAAAUGAAUUUUAAAUCACAUUACAGUGUAAUUAUUGUAAUUCUUUGCUGCUGUAAGGGAAAAUAUGUGUUUUGGUUGGGUUUUGUUCAUGUUUUAGCUCAGUUUCCUUGGUUUUCAUCUGUUUCUAUGUUUUUUUAUAUAGUUUGAUUCAUUUGCACACCUGGUAUUCAUUGCGUUGAUUGGUUAAGAAUGUCUAUUUUUGUGUUUUCAUCAGUUCAUGGUCUGUCUUAAUCGUGAUACAGUUAAUUGCUCUGUUCCAGUUUUUGAAAGUUUUUUUUUUUUUUUGCCAUAAUAUAUUGUUUCUUUUCAUUUUUUAAUAAACCUUUUACUUCUGUACUUCACUUCCAUUCUGUCAUCUUUAUUUUGCAACCACGUUGUGACAGAUGCUAUUUUCAGAAGCUAAUUGUUUUCCUCCUUGAUAAACAUUACCAAAGAUGGGUAUAAGGUACUUUGAAUUCAGAGAGGCUAAAUCACUGUUUGGAAGCAUCCGAAUAUGCUUGUUAUAGCAGACUAAGAAACAUUAUG